AACUAUUUACAGCAGCGUCGUAGAUUAAAAAUUAAUCAUCUGUCUUUGCCAGUACCAGAUUUCUGGAUAGAGCCUUAACAACUUUUCACCGGGUCAGUAACAAGUGUGCGACAUCUCGCAGCUGAAAAGAUUCCACAGUGAACACUCUUAGACAUGGAAGAGCCCAGACCUUCGUGGGACAAUCCCAUGCAGUUUGUGUUCGCCUGCAUUUCAUUUGCAGUCGGGCUGGGGAAUGUAUGGCGUUUCCCUUAUCUGUGUCAGAUGCACGGUGGAGGUGGAUUUUUAAUUCCUUAUGUCAUCAUGUUAGUUGUGGAAGGACUUCCUUUGUUUUAUAUGGAGCUCUCUCUGGGACAAUUGAUGAGACAGGGAAGCAUUGGUGCUUGGAAAGCAGUCAACCCAUAUUUGAUUGGUGUUGGUGCAGGAAGCCUUGUUAUAUCAUUCCUCGUCUCUGUGUAUUACAACAUCAUCAAUUCCUGGAGUCUUUGGUAUCUAUUUCAUUCAUUUGAGAAUCCCAUACCAUGGGCCAGCUGCCCAGUAAACCAAAACAACACUGCAUUUAUUGAGGAAUGUGCAAAAAGCUCCCCCACUGAAUAUUUCUGGUACAGAAAAACAUUAAAUAUCUCUCCAACAAUUGAUGAUACUGGUCAUAUCCACUGGGGUAUGAUUCUGUGCCUUAUACUUUCAUGGCUUUUAGUCUAUAUCUGCAUAAUUCGAGGAACAGAAUCUACUGGAAAGGUUGUCUAUGUGACUGCCUGCUUUCCAUACGCAGUGCUGUUUAUAUAUCUAAUCCGCGGAGUGACGCUACAUGGAGCAACAAGUGGAAUCAAAUACAUGUUCACUCCAAAGAUUAAGCACCUGAUGGACCCAAAGGCCUGGAUUGAUGCAGCCACACAGAUCUUCUACUCUCUCGGCCUGGGAUUUGGGAGCCUGAUUGCAUUUGCCAGUUACAAUCAGAAAAACAACAACUGUGAGAAACAAGCAGUAAUCAUUGCUUUAAUUAACAGUCUGACAUCAAUAUUUGCCAGCGUUGUCACUUUUGCCAUAUAUGGUUUCAAAGCUACAUUUAAUUAUGAAAGCUGUGUCGAAAGGAUGAUUCUUCUUCUAACAAACACAUUUGACCUGAAGGAGAACGCAAUAACGCCUGAUACACUUAACAUGUGGGAAAUAUACCUGAAUUCAACAGCCCCAGACAAGUUUGCCACCAUUUCCACGCAAAUUGAAAUCUGCGAUCUGCAAUCUCACUUGGAUACGGCUGCUGAAGGCAUUGGCCUUUCGUUCAUAGUCUUCACUGAAGCCAUUGUGCACAUGCCGGGACCAUCGCAGAUCUGGGCAAUAUUAUAUUUUAUGAUGAUCUUGAUGUUGGGAAUUGGCAGCAUGCUGGGAAACAUGGCUGGGGUCAUCACUCCACUUAGUGACAUAAAGAUCAUUUCAAAGUACCUGCCAAGGGAGGUCAUGAUAGGUAUUGUGUGUCUUAUAGCUUGUGUUAUAGGAAUUGUUUUCACCACUGAAGCAGGCAACUACUGGUUUGUUAUAUUCAAUGACUAUGCAGCAACCCUGGCACUUUUACUGGUAGUUCUGAUGGAAGUUAUUGGAAUCUGUUACAUCCAUGGAAUAAGAAGAUUCCGGAAUGACAUUGAAACGAUGAUGGGACACAAGCCAAAUUUGUAUUGGACAGUUACUUGGGUUUUCGUAAGCCCUGCUUUAAUUGUGAGCCUCCUGAUUUUUUACAUUGUUGACUACAGCACAGGUGAACAGCUAUCGUACACUGCGUGGGAUUCAUCUGUGGGACGAUCAGUGCAGCGUGAAUAUCCUACUUAUGCCUUGGCUGUUAUUGGACUUCUUGUGAUUUGUUCAACAAGCUGUAUUCCUUUGAUGGCGAUUAUUACCUACAUCCGAAAACAAAUGAAAAAAGGAAGCCUACUAUAGUUAAAAAGUAUCUUAAAGCUGUACUUCAAAGCAUUCCUUCUGAACUAUAAUUUACUGUAAAUAGUGGCAUUAGAAACUAGAAAGUUCUAUGGAGCAAAUAUUAAUCACUUAUUUUAAACUGGUGGUUUUAAAAAAGAGUUGUAUGUGCUUAUUUUAAUAUAUUAUGGAAAUAACAUUGUUGAUGUAAAAUGGAUUAUGUGAAAUUUUUCAAGGAAAGCAUUGCAUGCUUACGGAGGUCACAAAAGCAAGAUUUAUUCUACUUUUAUUCAACUGUAUUUGUGAUUUAAAGAGUAUGGGCAACUUAAAAUGUCCAUUUGUUUGGCUGUCAAGCACGUUCUCACUUAACUACUACUUAAAUAAAACCUUAAUUUUUUUUAAUAUCUUAGGCACUUUACAGGAAUAUUAUUUAAAUAAAUAUUUGAGGCUGAGCCACAUAAGAAAAGGUUAGGAGAUGUGAUGAAAGAGCUAAAAUUUAAUGAGUUUAAAACAUGAAAAACCAGGUAUAGAGAUGUAACAAGGGAAUUCCAGUGCUUAGGAUCU